AUGCGGCUGGAGAAGCGUGGUGGCUGGGGUGUUGGAGGUGACAAGCUCUGGGGCAGCGGCCGCGGUGUGGAGGACAUCAACAGUGGCAACGUUGGCUACUACAACGCGGGCAUGCGGGGUGCCCGGAACCGAUGUGGCGGCUCCAGUUGCGCGUUGAUCGUUAACCCCCCCGGUCACCGCAGCAUCGACAAGUUCCACAUCCACUUUGUGCAUUAUCACUCCUACGGAUCCAGCCUCAAGCACCGCCUGGAGAAGAAGGUCUGCGGCCGCAGCGGCUGGCAGAGAGGGGGCCUGCCCUGCCACGGCAAGGCCAUUUUCUCCUCGGGUUUCCCGGGAGUCUUCAGCCUGGCAAUGUCUGGGGGCGGCUUGCGACACGCCUCCGUGAUUGCCUGGCCCGCCUCCUGCGGCGGCAAGGGCACCAUCGUGCAGCUUGCAUAUGGAUGCUCCAUCGAGCACCAGAUCCGAGGCGACUACAACCCCGCAUACCGCUAG